AUGGACGUCCAAGUAGGUACACUUGAGGAUGACCCAGAGGUUGACCCAGAUAUCAUGCCACUGGAUGCAGAAGUGGACGUCCAAGUAGGUAUACUAGAUGAGGACCCAGAGAUCUUGCUACUGCUGGAUGUGGACGUCUCUGUAUGCGUGCUGCUCGUGCCGCUGGAAAGACUAGUUGAUGGGGUAGAGCUAGAGCUGGACCCAGCUGUCUUUAUGGUGACUGGGGUGGAAGUUGAUGAGCUGAAACUGGAUCCCGUAGAUUUUGUGGUGACUGGGGUGGAAGUUGAUGAGCUGAAACUGGAUCCCGCAGACUUCGUGGUGACUGGGGUGGAAGUUGAUGAGCUGAAACUGGAUCCCGCAGACUUUGUGGUGACUGGAGUGGAAGUUGAUGAGCUAGAACCUAUGGUCUUCGACGUUACUGGUGUGAAACCCGAGGAGCUAGAGCCCGAAGUCUUUGUGGUAACCCAUGUGGAGCUUGAUGAGCUAGAUCCUGUAGUCUUUGUAUCGGCUGGUGUAGAGCUUGAAGGGCUUGUCCAUGAGCCAGUAGUAGAGUGA